AUGGUCCUCUCCCCCCGCUUCACGCUCAACGACCCCUCGCUCCUCCUCUCCACGGGAUGGAUCAACGACGCGCCCGCGCGCUCGGGGACUAACCGCACGCCGUUCGAGGUGCAGGACCCCGCCACGGGCGAGGUGUGGGCCCGCGUCGAGAGCAUGGACGCCGCCGACGCCGACGCCGCGAUCCAGGCCGCGACAGACGCGUUCCCCGCGUACUCGGCCCUCCCGGCGCGGACCCGCGCCCGCCUGCUUCUUGAGUUUGACCGCCUCGUGCGCGAGAACAAGGAGGACCUGGCGACCCUCGUUGUGAUGGAGGCUGGCAAGACGCUCGCCGAGGCGCGUGCCGAGGUCGACUACGCCGCAACCUACUCCUGGAUCAUGGCCGGCGAAGCCGAGCGCAUCCAGGGCGACGUGCUCAAGGCCAACGAGAACCCCUCGCUCCGCUUCUUCACCAUCAAGCAGCCCAUCGGGCCCGUUGGCCUCCUGUGCCCCUGGAACUUCCCCAUCGCCAUUGCGCUGCGCAAGAUCGCGACGGCGCUCGCGGCGGGCUGCACGGUCGUCAUCAAGCCGUCGCCCGAGACGCCGACGACGACGCUCGCGCUCGCGCUGCUCGCCCAGCGCGCGGGCUUCCCCAAGGGCGUGGUCAACGUCGUCACUGCGUCGUCAGAGACGACGCCCGAGGUCGGCCAGAAGUUCUGCGAGGACAAGCGCCUCAAGAAGAUCAGCUUCACCGGCUCGACCAACGUCGGCAAGCUCCUCGCUGCGCAGUCGGCCAGCUCGCUCAAGAAGCUCACGCUCGAGCUCGGCGGUAACGGCAGCUUUAUCGUGUUCGAGGACGCCGACCUCGAGCAGGCUGCAGAUGCCCUUGUCGCCAACAAGUUCCGCAACGCAGGCCAGGUGUGCACCUGCGCCAACCGUAUCUUCGUCCAGGCGUCUGUGAUCGACAAGUUCUCCGAGCUCGUCAAGGCACGUGUCGCCAAGCUGAACACUGGUCACGGUCUCGACGCCGGCGUGACGACCGGCGCGCUGACGACUGAGCGCGGCGCCGAGCGUGCGGUAGGCCUCGUCGCCGAUGCGAUCAAGAACGGCGGCACGCUCCACGCGGGCGGCAAGCGCAUUGGCACAGGCUUCCUCUUCGAGCCAACUCUCAUCACGGGCGCGAGCAAGGACGCCAAGGUGUACAAGGAGGAGAUCUUUGGCCCCAUCCUGUCGAUUUACGCGUUUGAGACCGAGGACGAGGUGCUCAAGCUCGCCAACGCGACCGACAUGGGACUCACCAACUAUGUCUUCUCGCAGAACAUUGGCCGCGCUUGGCGCUGCUACGAGAAGCUCGAGAGCGGCACCGUCGCGAUCAACACGGCGAUCGCGAACGCUGCUGAGAGCCCAUUCGGCGGCAUCAAGGAGAGCGGAUCGGGCAAGGAGGGCGGGCUGGGCUACGGCGUCGACGAGUUCUUGAUUAUCAAGUCGGCCGCCAUGACUGUGUAGGCGCGUAGCAGUGGGCACAUGUAUGCAGA